CGCCGGGGUUGGCGGCGGCGCCAUUUUGAACUGGCUGAGGGUCGGAGGCGGCGGCUGCCGAGCAGGGUUCCGCGUCCCCGGAGGGAGAACCCGCGAGGAAGGAGCGGAUAUGGCCGCGAAUAGGAACUUGAAGCAAGUGCGGAUCGAAAACAGCUCCCCAGCGGCGCCGCUGGGCAUGGUGGGGGGUGGCGGCGGCGGCAGCCUGAAAGGAUUGCGCGGCCUAGAAGCGGAGAGUGAGGCGGCGGCGGCGGCCAUGGCUCUGGCGCCGAGCAAAGAAGGUGGCGGAGAUGAGGAGCAGGAGGUUGGGUUCACCAUCGAUAUCAAGAGCUUUCUCAAACCUGGCGAGAAGAGCUACACGCAGCGUUGCCGGCUGUUCGUGGGGAAUCUGCCUACUGAUAUCACCGAGGAGGAUUUCAAGCGCCUUUUCGAGCGCUACGGGGAGCCCAGCGAGGUCUUCAUCAAUCGGGACCGUGGCUUCGGCUUCAUCCGCCUGGAAUCUAGGACCCUGGCUGAAAUAGCAAAGGCAGAACUUGAUGGUACUAUUUUGAAGAGCAGACCACUUCGAAUUCGAUUUGCUACCCAUGGAGCUGCCUUAACUGUGAAGAAUUUGUCACCUGUGGUUUCCAACGAGCUCCUGGAACAAGCAUUCUCACAAUUCGGGCCAGUGGAAAGAGCGGUUGUUGUAGUGGAUGAUCGUGGCAGAGCUACAGGGAAGGGUUUUGUAGAGUUUGCAGCUAAACCUCCAGCACGGAAAGCUCUAGAAAGAUGCAGUGAUGGGGCAUUCUUGCUUACAACAACACCUCGACCUGUUGUUGUAGAACCAAUGGAGCAAUUUGAUGAUGAGGAUGGACUCCCUGAGAAGCUAAUGCAAAAAACACAACAGUACCACAAGGAAAGAGAACAGCCUCCACGCUUUGCUCAGCCUGGAACAUUUGAGUUUGAGUAUGCUUCGCGGUGGAAGGCUCUUGAUGAGAUGGAAAAGCAGCAGCGUGAACAGGUUGACAGGAAUAUUAGAGAAGCCAAAGAGAAACUCGAGGCAGAAAUGGAAGCAGCUAGACAUGAGCAUCAGCUAAUGCUGAUGAGGCAAGAUCUCAUGCGUCGUCAAGAAGAAUUGAGGCGCUUGGAAGAACUUCGAAAUCAAGAACUUCAAAAACGCAAGCAGAUACAAUUGAGACAUGAAGAAGAACACAGACGUCGUGAAGAAGAGAUGCUACGCCAGAGGGAGCAGGAAGAGUUACGACGACAGCAGGAGGGAGGAUUUAAGCCAAAUUUCAUGGAUAAUAGAGAACAGGAAAUGAGAAUGGGUGAUAUGGGUCCUCGUGGAGCAAUAAACAUGGGAGAUGCGUUUAGCCCAGCACCUGCUGGUAACCAAGGCCCUCCUCCAAUGAUGGGUAUGAAUAUGAACAACAGAGGAACUUUACCUGGCCCUGCAAUGGGUCCUGGUCCUUCCAUGGGACCAGAAGGAGCUGCAAAUAUGGGAACACCAAUGAUGCCAGAUAAUGGAACAGUGCAUAAUGAGAGAUUCGCUCAAGGAGGCCCAUCCCAGAUGGGUUCACCUCUGGUUAGUAGAACGGGCUCUGAAACUCCUCAGCCGCCAAUGAGUGGUGUAGGUGCCGUGAGUGGUGGACCUGGUGGCUUUGGUAGAGGAAACCCAGGGGGCAACUUUGAAGGACCUAACAAGCGUCGCAGAUACUAAACCUUAAUUCAUUCCUUACUGUUUUAGAAAUUCCAGUAAAAUUAUACAGUGAUAUGCCUUUAUAAUUUUAGCUGUUAUCUGGAAACGGUUCUAUUGUUAUUGUAGUCUUUAAAACAGUUUCUUUUGUAAAACUUUUUUUGUAUUCAGUCAUAGGCUUUGUAGUAUAGAGCAGAAAUGAUGCAGAUCAUUAUGUAAGGCAAUGUGUUUGUGACUAGCAAAAUACAAUGUGUGACUAUGCUGUAAAACAUGCAGUUAUCUGAUUACAAUAAAACAAAAAUCACUGGAAAGGAUUCUGGGAAUGUUAUUACUGAGUAAGAAUAAUUUUAUGCUUAAUUUUAAGAGGCAUCAUUUUCAUUUUUACAUAGUUUCUACUAUGUGUCAAGAAAGUUCCAUUCUUAAUAGUGAAUAUUUAGCUAAACUGCAUGGUGCAGUAGAUACUAUGAAAAACUUAUAACUGCUUUUGUUUUGACUUUUAAAGAGCAUAAAAUUUUAUACAAAGUGUUAUCAAAGAUACUGUGUCCUUGCAUCUCAAUCCACCACUGCAAACUUAGUCACAGUAAGAAGUUAUCGACAGAGGUUAUCUGUUAUACAAAUUAUUAGAAAAUUUAACUUAGGGAGGGAAAAAACCAACUUUGGAAAGGAAUCGCUAUGUAUGCUUUAUUCAUAACAGUAUGAGUGAAUUUACCUAAACCAUAUUUAUAGAGGAGAAAAUUGCUUGUGACAUCUAUGUGUUCUGCUGAUGGUUAAAGUAUCUUCCAUUGCAAGGAAGGAGACAUUUCUGCACGCUGGUUGAAAGCUUUCCACUGUGUUUGCGCAUCAUUAUUAUUAAGUAUACAUUUUCCCCAGCGGUUGGGUUGAAAAAAGCCAUGUCUGUUAUCAAUGAGUAACUGUAUAAUUAGGAAGCAAAUACAUGAUUUCCAGCAAAAGUAAGUUCACUUAUAGUUGAGUAUUAUGCAUUUAGAAGGAUUGCACUUGAGUAUUUCAGAAAGGUUUUACAGAACAAGAAAUUUGGAAAUGGCCUAUUUACAGCACAACUCAGGGUAUAUUUGCCUAUUGAGUUUUAAGAUAAAACUGAUAGUAAACCUACAAGGAAGCUUAUUAUGAUUCUUUUUUGUCAGUCUUGGAAGAUGAUGGAAAAGACCUAUUGGUUCUAUUCCUGUAAUGGCAAAUAAAGUAGGGAUAUUGGUUGGUUACUAUUACUCUUUUUUCCUGUACAAAAUAGUUGUAAAAUAGAAGUGUUCUUUUUGAUCAGUUCACUCACAUUUUCAGAGGUAGUCAUUACUAAAUUUCAUCUGCAUGAAUUGUGAUACUAAAUUGGUUAAAAAUGAACUUGAAAUAACCUGGUACCCUAAUCACAUCCAAAUGGUAUAUACAUGUCUCAGCAUGGGAUGCAAGCAGCAGAGAGGGCUUGUGUGUGGUACUUGUUAAUGUAGCCAUGAUUGGCUUGGUGGAUUGAAUUUUGAACACAUGGUUAAGAAGAAAAUUGCAUCAUUGCUGGCAUACCGGAAAUACACUGUUAGUUAAAUUGCCAGUGUUUUAUGGCUUAAGAUACUGUUUUCAUACAAUUCAGGAGUUACCUUAGUGUACCUAAGUGUGUAGUCCUCACUUGUGACAUCUGUACCUGCUAAGCAUUUUCCUUUAGAUUGUCUUUAAUGUUGCCAUGUUUUGCUUGAUUUGAUACAUGCCAUAUUCUUAAAAUAAACCUCAACCAAACUGCAAGUGAUUUUACUUGACACACUGAUCCUAAAUGUUAAGAUUUGGGAAAAUUACUUUUUUCACUGCUAUAAACUAGUGUUUGUAUAUGGCAACUACUUAACCUCUCUGCUCUAGUGUCCUUUAUUCAGUUCAAAGUACAGUUUACACUGGUAUCUAGUAAGGUGUCUAAGUAUGAGAUUACUAUUUUCUCAUGUUUUCUGCCCUUGUACUUGACUUUUUUAGGGGAUUGAUAAAGUAUUGGUGUGAUUUGGUAGUUCUCAACUGUAAAGCUGUACAGGGAACAUGUUUUAAAUACAAAUUAAACUAGAUUCAAAAGGUUGGUUCAUUUUUUUCAGAAGAAAAGACUGUGUUGCUCAGGCCUUUUUAGCUAGCUCAUGUAUAUUUGUUUAGCUAUAUAAACCCUUCUCCUUAUACUCAUAUCUGAGUAAGUUUCAGAAGAACAUUUAAUAUACUGAAUCAGCAAAAGCAGUUCAUACUUUCCAUGCCAGCUUCAUGCUAUUUUAAGUACAUGUUUGUUGCACUGUGGUUUUGGUAGCAAGUGGAAGUAUGCAUUUAUUUGAAAGUUCUUGUAGUUUUUAUUUAACAUUAGUGAUUGUCAUUUCACAGUUGUGACCUGCCCUUCCUGUAAACCUCUGACUUGGAUGGCUCUGCUGCAUGGUAGCAGUGGGUUUGUCAGCUAUCCUUACUGCAGAAAAUAAUUUAAUCUAUUUUUAAAUUUCCAAGCCAUAACAAAUAAAUACUGAAAUGUAUUUUUGGGCAGAUUGUAAAUAGUUAAUGAAGAAUGCCUUUUGUAGCUGAUCAUGCACUGUUGAGUUCAGCUCUUGAAAGUUUUCUUUGGGCUGCCUGGCUCAACUCUAAAGACAAUGCUUCUCAUUUUGCUAAAUGUGGUAGUAGCUAUACAAUAAACACACCUAAUUUUGUUAAAAAAGGAAUGGUCACAAAUUAUUUCCUAAAAAUGUGUAGAUGUGGCCAACCAGUUUUUACAUUAAGGUUCUGCCCUUCUGCUAAAGUGAUUAAUUUUUCUUGUUCCUCAUUUGAUUGAUCAGCUUAUCAUUUUUUCUGUGUACACAUGUACUCAAGUUUUUAACUACAUUUGCACUGUUUGACUGGAAAGCACAGUGAAGUCUUGACUCUCUGCUAUAUGGUAUGCUAAAACAAAUAGGCUUGGAAUAUAUGUGAAUCUGCCACCUACAGUACAGUUACUUUUGUAAUGUACUUGCUGAGCUUUUACAUUAUUCCUGCAGUUUCGUAUUCCUAAACUGCCUAAUUUUCCUGUGAGAUAAAAUUUUGGUAUUUAACAAAGCUUUACUGUUCCGUUUAAGUUAUAUGCUGUUCUGACCAGUGUGCUCAUUAGAUAAGGCACAUUGAUAUCUUGGGAAACUUCGUGGUGAUCCUAAUAUAUUUUACUGUAUUUAUUUCCUAAAAAAUUCACAAACUGCUGUGGAUUACCUAGAAAGAAAAUUCCUGACAUGCAGUUGUUUUAUUUGUUGUCAACAAAUUUGUUUUACGCAGUUGCACAUAAAGAUAUAAUAAAUUGAAGAUUCUUACUAGAACAAAAUUUAAAAUAGAUAUAGAUGGCAAGAACACAGUAUGAACUAAAUACUGCAUUAAUUUAAUUUUAAGCAUACUCCAGUAGGAUUUUAUAGUAUGCAUGUUUUGAGUAGCAUUCUCAUCUAAAGUAUGCUGCCACAUUUUAAAAUGUUAUAUCAAUUUCCCUCUUUUCCACUCUUGAUUUCAGAUCUAGAAUAAUUUGUAAUUACAAGUUCUUUGAAAGGUAUAAAACACAAGCACAGUGACAUUUAUGAACUUUGUGUUACAAAACAAUUGCGAUCUACCUUGAGACAACUUUGCUCAAAAAUGCUGAAAUAACCAAUCUAAAGGCAGAUUUUCAAGUGAAAACCAAAACCCUGUAAGCCUUUUGAAGAGAGAAAACAUACUUGGAGGUGAGAUGUUCAGCAAUUAAUUGGUGUGCUCUGGUGCCAUGAAGUUCAUUUUACUUAAGCAUGUUGCAGUAACAAUUUUUUUGGCAUACUUCCCAAUCUAUCUAUUUUUUUAUAAGAAGCUGGAUCAUUAUUUUUCCCUUUAGAAGUCAAACUAAAGCAUAAUUGAGCCAAUAAAAUAGUAUGGAAGGCAGGGUAGCAAACAGAGUCAGUUUAUGUUGGACUGAAAAUGUGAAAACGUGAAAUCUCCCAUUCCUGAGACUUGAAGUGUUGCAUAUCUGUGGGUAGUUUUAGAGUCUGCAUGCAGCAUCUUUUGUUAGCUUGUGCUUGUGGCCAAGAGUGGGGGGCUUCAGAGAGCACACACUUCUGAUGCAAUUUAAUUGUCCUCUCAGGAGCCCUCAAAUUAUUAAUAUGGGCACUGUGCUGUUACUAAGAUGCUCAUCUUGGAGUUUGGUGCUUUCCUUGGGCUGUUAGCUCACUCCUAGCGUGAGGGAAUAUCAGUCCAAACUUUCCUGAUUCAUGAGUGGUAAGGAGGGAGUGAGUGUGGCCUAUGGGAAAUGCAGAGGAUGUUACUACUUUAGAUUAUUGUCCAUUCAGUGCUAGCUUGGUGGCAAAUGUUGAACUGUAGUAACCUGAAAGCAUUUGCUUUCUUCAAACUUCACUUACAGAAAUGUAAGAACUUGGUAACAAUAAGAGGAUUGACUAAAAACUUGGAAUACCUAAUCGUUAGGUAUAAUUUUUCCCACUGGAUUGUUUUUAUGUUACCUUUUGUUACCUUUGCAGAUAUACUGUAAAGUAGUUUUAGCAAUCUCACAGGUUUGGUGUGUUUUGUUAAAGUAUUGGUUUUCCAUAUUUCCAACAAUUUUGGGUGCUUUCCAUAAAAUAUUUAAAAAAUCACAGCUGUAGGCAUUUCAGGUAUGUUUUCACAAUAAUCUGUUAAAUACUGAAGCUAGUUACAAAAUUGUCUAAAAUGUUACUUGUAGAAUAAAUAAACUGAAUGUGAAAUUUUCAUGUAAACUGUAAUUUUUAUGCAUGGAAACAAACUCUCAAUGUGUUCAUUUUCAGUGGGAUAGAUUUAAUAGGUCUUUUCCAUCUUGAACUUCCUUAAGAUACUCUGAAAGUUAAUAUAAUUUAAAUUUCGAGGCAUCCUUAUUAAUGACCUCAGCCUGACUUUUAAAAGCAGUGUGAGAAGUUUCUUCUGUUUGGAACAGCAGCCCUUUUUUCCUAAUUGAAGGAGCUACUCAGAAAACCAUUCAGAGAUAAACAGCAUACUUACAGGUAAAACUUAUUAAAAAACCCUCUGCUCUAAAGUAAUGAUUAUUAUACAUACACAAAUCACAGUGAAAGAAAGAAAGCAAAUUUAUGAAUGUGUGUAAAAACUCAAGUGAUUUGUAUGUGGUCCUUUGAGUGGAGAAUAAAAUUCUCAUAACAAGAGGUAUGAGAUUCAAAAGGAACUGGACUGUGUUGCUACAUAUACUUACGGAUAAAGUUUUUCCAUCUGUUUGGGUAAAUGAUUUGUCUAGAGCUUCCAUUGUUCCUAGAUUUACUAGUGUGCUUUUAUAUCUCAAUUUCUGUAGAGUAAAGCAUAGCUGUAUAAUUUGAUUGAAUUUACAUGCUAAUUGUAUGUGGGAUGUUAAGUGCUUGACUUGAAAGAAUUGCAGUGAGAAUAAAGAUACCGUUCUUGACUUUAAGUGAAAACUGCAUAGAUCCUUGAACAGGAAUAAGUGUGGAGGGUCCUGUGUGUAAACUGAACAAAAAAAAUGGGAGAGAAGGAAUAAAGUAACUUAACAAAAGUGA